AUGACAGAUGUAAAAGAUAUUACGCCGGAUCUUGACCGGCUGGAUGAUCAGCUAGAUGAUCUCGAGGAGAACCUUCAGCCUUUGCUCGACAAUCUUGAGGGCAUGGCCUCUGAAUUGCCCCUGUUGGACAAGGCAAAACUUUUCUCACUGACAGCUUACGCGAUUGAAUCCCUUCUGUUCUCAUCAUUGAAAUUGGAGGGCUCUGACACACAAACUGCGGAUGUGCUCACUGAACUCAAGCGAAUUCAGCAGUACUUUGGCAAGAUCAAGAACAUUGAAGCCCCUGAAGCAGAAGAGUCUCGAAGUUUAACAGUCAACCAAGAGGCUGCAGCACGUAUCCUCAAGGCUGACCUGGGUGACAACAAAGCAAUCAGCAAUAAACUGGCUGAAAAGAUCGCAGAGGAGCGAGCCAAGGCUCUACUGAAAUCUGUUGAAAACCGGAAAAGACCAGCAGAGGAGUCACCUGUGCCAUCCAAGCCAGGCUCUGCUGCUUCCGAAACAAGAGACAAGAACAAGAAGAAGCAAAAGAAGGGCAAGAAAAGCAAGUCUAAGAACUAG